AGCACGCUCCGGUCCAGUUCCGGAUGUGACGCAGUGAGAUAUCGGAGUGACAGAAGGCAGCGGGCACCGGGGUUGAUCCUCGGGGCUGCCCGGUAUUGACCACGCUGCUUGACGCGGCUAGCAAAAGCUGUCAUGGGCGGCAGCGGAUCAAGAGCCCGGGGUCUAUGGCCCUUCUCUUCACAGGGAGCGGAGAGCCCUGGCAGCAACACUGAGCAGAGCGUGGCCCGGGUUCGAAAGGCUACCCCGUUCAUCUUCACCCGGCGCGGGUCUAUGUAUUUUGAUGAAGACGGUGACCUAGCACAUGAAUUCUACGAGGAAACAAUUGUGACCAAGAACGGCCGGAAACGUGCAAAACUGAAACGUAUCCACAAGAACCUGCGGCCCCAGGGCACCAUCAAGUUAGACCAUCCAUGUAUCCAUGUGGAUUUCCCCAUUGUACUAUGUGAGGUCUGACUUUACCAUCCUCGCCUGCCAAGCUGCGCCCUCCUCUACCAACCUUUGCACCCUAUGCUGUGCUCCUGAGACACGGAGCCGGAAAAGAGUGAAGGGGGAGGCACAGGGACCCCCUCCCAAAAUGGACUUCUGAGUGGAAUGUGCAGAGACGAUGACUGGGCUGUGAAGAGACAAUUAACCCACACUCUGCCAUGACUGACAAGACCAAUGCUGGGGUGUAAUGUUCUGAGAAUGCGCUGGUCUGUGGACGGCAGGACAUCUUCUAUCCUCUCGCUUUAAUACUUUCCAAGGUCUGCACUGUCCUUCUGGGAGGCUCUGUCUCCAACCUCAAUCCUCAUUGGGGGACAUGUCUCAGUACUGACAGUGUAACCGCUCACAGCUGCCUAGUGCACCAGGCUGUAGGUGGAUAGGUGCCGACCUGGCACCAUCUUGGGCAUAAGUUCUAGUUUCUGAGUCUUCUGGCCCCCAGCACCAGUGGUCCGGCCUCCCAGCCUCUAUUUCAAUGGUCUUAAUAUUAUCCAGCACAUGUAGAGAUGUCAGUCGGCCUCAGCUACACAGAGUUUGGAAAGUGUGACCAGCUUGUUCCCCUAUUAAAGGGGUGCUCUGCACUAUGAGGGGGGACAUUGACAUUCGUCUCCUAUAUGAUGCACUGUUGAUGCAGGAAAUUCCCUGGUACAAUCACACUUAUAUGGAAGGUUAGGGUGGGCACCAUAGCUCCCGGCUGCCUGCUUUUAUUUAUUACAUGUAUGUUUUAGUUUCAUGUCCUAUAUUCCCGAGCUGUGAAGCGCCUCUAUGCCCCAUGAGCCCUGGUCAGACUGUGACAUAUACAAGGCAGCGGGAGAUAUCAGGGGCGCUGGGAAACUCUUCCCAAUAAAACCUAUGUUUGUAAG